GUGCCCCCUUUUAUCUGAUGUCCCUAUUAGAGUCCCCUUUAACAUCAUGUGUUCCCAUCAGAGUGCCCUCUUACAUCAGGGUCCCUGUCAGAAUGCCCACUAAAAACAGGAUCCCCAUCAUCGUGCCCCCUUUAUCAAGUGCCCCCAUCAGAGUACCCCCUUACAUCAGGGUCCCCAUCAGAGUGCCCCUUUGCAUCAGGGUCCCUGUCAGGGUGCCCCUUAUAUCAGAUGUUCCCAUCAGAGUGCUCCUUUACAUCAGGUGUCCCCAUCAGAGUGCCCCUUACAUCAGGGUCCCCCUCAGAUUACCCCCCUUAUAUUAGGUGUCCCCAUCAGAGUGCCGACUUGCAUCACAGUCCCUGUCAGAAUACCCCCUUACAUCAGAUGUUCCCAUCAGAUUGCUCCCUUACAUCAGUUAUCCCCAUCAGAGUGCCCCCUUACAUCAGGUGUCCACAUCAGAGUGCCACCUUACAUCAGGGUCCCCAUCAGAGUGCCCCCCUUACAU